AUGUUUGGCGGAUUCGCACCACCCCAGUUCUCAAAAGAGGAGCUCGAGCAGCACGAGGCUGAAGCUACCUCUACGGUCCAGCUCUUCUUCGGCGCCGCAGUCGUGCUCUACUUCUCUCCUUUCGCCGUUGACCUCGUCUCGAGCGUAUUUUAA